AUGGAGGAGGAUGGCCUCCUGAGCUCCACUGGGGCGGCGGGCUCCCCGAGGCGCGCUCGCUUCGAUGAGAAGCUGAAAUUCCUUCCUGUUGCCUAUGUUGUUGUCGCGAUGCUACUACUCGCCGGUAUCUAUUUGCAGUAUCACAUCUCCCCGCUUUUGUCCCACACAGCGGCACAUCUUCAGAUGCCCGAUGCUGCGGCGGCAGGAGAGAUCAGAGGUUUGAUCCAGCUGAGCCUCUUCGUGCCAGUCACGGCUCUGCUGCUGAUUUGCUACGUUCGCAGUAUUCUCACACAUCCGGGCGAGAUCCCCGACGAUCCGAAGUGGGAGUACAUGCCCCGGGACAAGCUUGUGGCUCUAGCACCACUCAGCUUGCAGGAAACCAAGAAAUCCGGCGAACGCAGGCAUUGCAAGUGGUGCGGCAAGUACAAGCCAGACAGAUGCCAUCAUUGCCGAGUCUGUCGCACAUGCAUUUUGAAGAUGGAUCACCACUGCCCAUGGAUCUACAACUGCGUGGGCUGCUUCAAUUACAAGUUCUUCAUUCUGCUCCUCUUCUACUCUGCACUGGACUGUCACCUGAUUGUAUGGUCCAUGAGCGAGUCCGUCCUCCGCUGUGUGAACAUCGAGGAGACACCCUUCAAAGAGAUGUUCAUGAUUCUAUUUGGGGAGUGCCUCGCGCUCAUCCUCGCAUUGCUAGUUACUGCCUUCUUGGCCAUGCACUUGUGGCUCAUUUCCAAGGGAUUGACCACCAUCGAAUUCUGUGAGAAAUCGCUGCCGAAGGAUGGCCAGCCUGCUGAACGAAGCCUCACAUCUGUGUAUGAUCUGGGUCUUUACGGCAAUUUCUGCACGGUCCUGGGCAGCAGUGUGUCCAUCUGGCUGCUCCCUAUCGGAAUGCCGGAUGGCGACGGGAUCACCUUCGUCUGCGACGAAACUUGUCUCACCAAGGACAUGGAAGCCGCAAGCGGCAUUCGGC